AUGAAGAGAAAAAACAAAGGCAAAAUCCACCCAUCUCCAUCAGCAGCGUCAGCGCCGCCUCCUCCUCCACCUCCUCCGGCGGCCGCAGAGGGAAAAUAUGUCCUCCCCGUUCUCAAUCUCCUCCCCUCUGCCGUUCUGGCACUGGCAUUGGUCCUCUCCCUCGAAGACCAAGAAGUCCUCGCUUACAUGAUCACCCACUUUAUGAAAACACCUGCCGCCGCCGCCGCUACUACUUCAGCUUCAGCGACGGACACUCCUACAGGCAAGAAGAAGGCAUUCAGAAAGCCGGCUGGCGGCGGCGUAGCGCACAGGCCACCCAUUUUCCAUUGCGACUGCUUCGACUGCUAUACCGCCUACUGGCUUCGGUGGGACUCCUCCCCCGGCCGCGAGCUCAUCCACCAGGCCAUCGAAGCCUUCGAGGACCACCUGGCCUCCGCAGAGCGGCAGGAGAGAGGCGGCAAGCAGCGGAAGGAGAAGUCAGUUCAACCCCAAAGCGUCCACGGGGGUCCACCUCAAAUGCCGGACGACCAAAAGAGCCCUGCUUUGUCCCAAGGGAAGGACGGAGCUGCCCUGCCGGAGAGAAGGGAGGAGGAGGAGGACGACGACGACUUGGUGGUGGUUGAGCUAAGCGAGGAGCUUCAGGGUGAGCAGGUGGCGGCGGAGGAUGACGGUUGUACAAAUGAGGAGGCGGCGCCGGCGAGGGGCGGGGAGGAGCGCAGGGGGCUGAUAAGGAAGAUGCUGCCGGACGUGGUGGGGCUGCUGAAUUCCCGUUUUUGGAAGCUUUGGAGUCCGAGCGUGUAG